AUGGCACACUCCGAAGCUCCGCUCUUCGUUGGAGUUAGGGCCCCGUAUCUGCUGCGGUUCCAGCAUGGCAGUGUUCGCAACUGCUUCGUCCAGCCCGCAGAUGGAUGUACUCAGAUGUCCAGAUGCCCCAGCGGAUUCAGCAACAGCAACAGGAAAAAACACGUCUACUGCAGUGUCCACUUGCGAGACGUGAUGACCCGUCUCACCCACAUUGGUCAAAACGACGUCGCUAUCGGCAGCACGGUUGUUCGUAUUUUCACCCGCUUUAGUUGGUACAUCGCAGAUGAACAGUACAGGCAUAAGCGCCAGGGCGCAACAGCCGGAGGGACGGGGCAUCGGCCGGAGGGACGGACGGGACAUCGGCCGGAGGGACGGAGCAUCGGCCGGAGGGACGGGACAUCAGCCAGAGGGACGGAGCAUCAGCCGGAGGGACGGGGCAUCAGCCGGAGGGACGGGGUAUCAGCCGGAGGGACGGGGCAUCAGCCGGAGGGACGGGGCAUCAGCCGGAGGGACGGGGCAUCAGCCGGAGGGACGGGGCAUCAGCCGGAGGGACGGGACAUCAGCCGGAGGGACGGGACAUCAGCCGGAGGGACGGGACAUCAGCCGGAGGGACGGGACAUCAGCCGGAGGGACGGGGCAUCAGCCGGAGGGACGGGGCAUCAGCCGGAGGGACGGGGCAUCAGCCGGGAGGGACGGGGGGACAUCAGCCGGAGGGACGGGCAUCAGCCGGAGGGACGGGACAUCAGCCGGAGGGACGGGACAUCAGCCGGAGGGACGGGACAUCAGCCGGAGGGACGGGACAUCAGCCGGAGGGACGGGACAUCAGCCGGAGGGAUGUGCCAGAACAUCCUGGACCUGUGA